AUGGUUGCCACGGCUCACGUUGCGGACCGCAGCGGGGUGCCGUCCCACCUGAUCAAAUUUGUUCUCAUCAUUAUGGUGGUGGCGGUAUUGAUGAUGUACUUCACGGGUACCUUUGCCCUCAUGCGUGAUAUGAGGAGAAUUGUGCAAAGUGACACGACCUCUCUGCGUUCAGCCGCCGGCAUUGCGAAGCUCUGUAGGGAAAUACAAACACUGGCAGCGAGCCAGCUGCCACAGAUGGUGGUAUUUAUCACCGUGGUGUAUCUCUUCCUACAAGCACUCUGCGUGCCCGGCACAGUCGCACUGAACGCUGUCAUGGGGGCGGUUCUGGGAACCCUGUUGGGCGUGCCGUACUGCACUCUAUUGGGGACUGUCGGCGCAUCGUGCUGUUACCUUCUCUCUUCGCUGGUUGGGGUGCGUCUCGUGGAGCGGGUGGAUGGACGCCUCAUGAAGGGCAAGGGGCUGGCGAAGAUACGUUUGCAGGUAAACCGAUACCGCGGGGAACUGUUCGUGUACCUUCUCUUCCUCCGCUUCACCCCUAUACUACCCAAUUGGCUGGUGAAUUUAGCGUCCCCCAUCGUGGGUGUCCCGCUGCGGGUGUUUGCGCUGGCCACUUUUUUAGGUAUUCUGCCGCAGACAUAUCUGACGGUUCGCUUUGGCGCCUUUGCACGCACGACAAUGGGGAACAGUGGCCCGAUUGUUUCCUUGUGGGAUACACUGCUGCUGGUCGUCCUCGGUGUGACUGUCCUCGCCGCAUUUUGGCUCAAGAAACGGCUUGCUGCCACGACGGGGCAUGCCUCCGGUCUUCGGUCAGCUACCGCCAUGGUGGUCUGA